GAAAAGAAUUUGUUCGAUUGUGCAAAGUCACUGAAAUAACUAAUACAAUUAUUACAAAGUCAUUGAGAUAACCAAUAGCCUAUUAUAGCUGUUCAAGAGACUUCACUUUAUUAACUUAAUAAAAUUGGAGGACCACUUGUCCCCUUUUUUAAUUGAAGACUUGUGAGGUCUAUGGGCUCAUUUUUCUCGAUCUAAAGCCCUGUGAAAAUCUUGAGAGGACAAAAAUGGAAGCAUCAGAAGAGAUUCUACUAAACUCAAUCGCCAGCUCCGGCGUGACAAUUCCGGCCGGCGUUUCGUCGGUGAAAGAUCUCACGCCGGCGACUUUAUUCUCCGUUUCCUCUCAGGCAUUACACCUCAUCGGCCGGCAGAACUCUCCGUUCCCGGCUUCCUUGCCGGAAAAUUCAGUUGCCGAUCGGUUAAAACUCUGCUCGGAACUUGCUUCCGAGUUCAAAUCCCUUGGUUUCAUCGGUGAUAUCAGCUUUCAUAAGUUCCUUUAUCCAUCUGAAGAGGACUUGUACGAGUUGAUCCGGUUCUUGGUUGGGAGGCUAUCUGAUGUUGAAGCUCGAAAAGAUGCAAUUAGAGAUUCUAAAAGACGCCUUAAGACUCCGAAGGAAAGUCUUGCUGAUGCUGGACUGCUGCCUCGUAAGGAACUUUCGGAGAGACAGAGUGAUCCAUUGAUGGUGACACAAACACCAGAGCAUUCAAACCAGGAAGAGUUUAAUAAUGAUGUUCGAAUACCUAUAGGUGGAGCUGACUCCAGCAAUGAGACAUCAAGUGGUGAACAAGACGUCCUAGAUUUGGUGGAGGGCGUGAGGAAGAGUUCUUUGAGGGACAAUUUUGAUCAUGGACAACAAUCAACUUCACCAUGGGUGCAUUUGAAUCAGAUGAACUGCAAGACAGAAACUUUACAAGACCAAAAGGAAAUGCUUGCGGAGAAGUCAGUCUCAAGCUCUGUUGAAUUACAAGAACUAGAAGAAAAGCUUGGUUUGUUGAAAGCGGCAGUGGAAAUGGCUUCUGAUGACAAACAUCCUAAUGACUUCUAUGUGAAUCAGCUUAACGAUCAGGUGAAAGCAAAAAGGGAAAAAAUUGUUGAAAUGGAGACUGAGUGGAUUGAUAAAAGGAAGGCCCUUGAGCAGAAGAAACAUUCUCUGGAGGAAAACUUAAGAACAACAGAACCCGAGGCCUAUGUAAAAUAUAAAAAGGUGGAAGAGAUUGAGUUGAAGCUGGAGUCUGUAUUAGCCGAAAACAAACGAAGAAAGGACGAACUCAUUGUACUUGCAGCCAAGGCUGAGAAGCAGCCCAAAUUGCAACCUAGGAGAACCUACAUUCAGCGCGUUGAAGAGAUCACCAAAAACAGCCGGAAGCAGGAUGCUGACAUAGAAAGAAUAUUGAAAGAAACAAGGGAGCUACAGUUGGAGAGCAACUCUGUUCAAGAACGUCUUAAUCGAACUUAUGCAUUGGUGGAUGAGACAAUGUUCAGGGAGGCAAAAAAGGACCAAGUGGCACGACAGGCUUACAGGAUAUUGACUAACAUCCAUGAAAGCUUUGAACAAAUAGCUGAAAAUCUACUUGCAACAGAUAGAGUCCGACGACAAGUGACUGAUUAUGAAGGCAAACUUGCAACUAUGGCAUCUCGAAGUGUUGAUAUUGACAAGCUGAAAGCAAAUCUUGAAACCAUCACGAGGGAAAAUGAUCUUCUUGAAAAGAAAUUGUCCAAUGAUUCAUCACAAAAUGUAGGGUAGAACGAUUGGAGUUGAUUGGAUCAGUUAAAAUGAAUAUUGUUAACUCUUUGGUCACAUUUUAUGCUGUAAUGUUCUGAUAACACACGCACACACACACAUAGAUCUACCGAUAAAUUUUAUGUGGAAUUCAUUGCCAAGUGAUAUGAUGCUGCAAUAUCUUGAUGAUAUUGAAACUUGUUCUUGUUGUA